UGGUCAGUUGUUGUCGCAACCAUUAAUUUUCCAAACAAGUAAACCACACUAGAACGUUUUCAUAGUUUUACUUUUACUAGCAGGAGAAAUGUCUGUUGGAUUACCGCGGCGAAUAAUCAAGGAAACACAAAGAUUGCUUGCAGAACCAGUACCUGGAAUCAGUGCAACACCAGAUGAAUCAAAUGCCAGAUAUUUCCAUGUAGUCGUGGCAGGACCAGCGGAAUCCCCAUUCGAAGGAGGUGUCUUCAAACUGGAGCUCUUCUUACCUGAAGAAUAUCCGAUGUCUGCUCCUAAAGUUAGAUUCAUGACAAAAAUUUACCAUCCAAAUAUUGACAAACUUGGCAGAAUUUGUCUAGAUAUAUUAAAAGAUAAGUGGUCGCCUGCACUACAAAUUCGAACAGUUCUGCUGUCCAUCCAGGCACUGCUGAGUGCACCUAACCCCGACGAUCCUCUAGCUAAUGAUGUUGCGGAACAGUGGAAGAUAGAUGAGGCCCAAGCCAUCAGAACAGCGAGAGAAUGGACGAGAAUUUAUGCGAUGGGGGGAAACUGAUACAACGUCAGCCAUCAUUACGCACAAUCGUUCCCAAUUUGUCACCGUGAAUGAGAGGUUUUAAAUGUCCUUCAAACUGCAAGCGCUUGCCUCUGAAGGACGUUGGUGAUCCAUUUAGACGGGCCCGAUUUGACAGACUCAACCGAUAAACUGUAACUGUGGUCAACGUUGAUGGUUAUUGUAUUAAUUUUCACUCUGUCAGCGCUGUUCAACAGGGUUUGUUUCUGGCAUACAUGGAUGCUCUGUGGCUGACGUGUGUUGAAAGGAGUUUAUACUACUGGCGUGGAUGAAAAUCUCGCAACACUAUAAAUAAUAAACUCACGCUAUUGGAUUGUUGAGGUGCACAAAUGCCAAAAACCUCCUUGGCUAUAGGCCUAUGUAUUUAGGGGAGGCCAUACAGUUCAGGUUUUAUCACCGGCUGUGUGGAACUACAAAAUUGCUGUUGUUUGCAGAGAAGCUCAAUUUGAAAUGUGCAGAAAAUUUUUCUUUCGGCAUAACAACUGGUACCAUAACAUGUGUUUCCGUCAUUGAUAUGCGUAUUGAAUGUUGUUAUAGCCAGCACGUUUGUUAGAGGCUUAGCCUGAUUAUGAAUAUCAUAAUAACUUAAAUAAACAUGUUCGUGGUUAGUUCA